AUGACCUCCCCAUCCGACGACUCUCUCGCCCUAAGUUCCACCCGCUCUUCGACAAAAUCCAACAUGAAGAUCGCCAUGCCACCUCCGCCAUCCGCGUUCGUGCACCCGUCUCCAGCAUACAUAAUCGCCUCAACUCCGUCCCCGUCCCAAAACCCCGGGGACGCGUCAUGGCAACCGGAGGGCCACGAGGGCCACGAGGGCCACGAGGGCCACGGCCACCACUUGCACCGCGUGCACAUCCCGACACCUCAUCCGUUAGCCGCGACGGCGAACUUCCUCGACAAGCACGUCCCGCUCUUCGCCAAACACCACACCGAGUUCCACACACAGCACGAGAUCCGACAGGCGAAACGCGAAGCCCGGCGGAGUCUCGUCGACAGUCCCAUCCCCGAAGUGGACGGUGAAUCUCUGCCGAGCGGGUCUGUCGGCGCAGCAAUCCACGCCGUCACCGCGACUGCUACUGCGCCGGCGCUGGCAGAGUCGCACCGCGCGCUGGACCCCGAGGCGUGGACCGAGAUCUUGGCCAAGCGCGAGGCCGCGCGCAUGAGGUCCGGCUCCGACAUGACCAGCCGGGACGAGAAGAUGUUGCAGAUGCUGGAUCACGCGGGUUCCGACUCGAAGAGCUCCGGGUCUUCCCCUGCCAUCACUCCCUGA